GUCAGCUUCGUCUCGAUGCAGGUUAUGGAGAACUCUUAAAUCAAUUCUAUAAAGAACCGUGCAAAUAGCCGCUCUAAACUUGUGAUCUCAUACAAUUCAUCUUUACAUCAUCACCCAAACAUCUCACAACCUCAUUACCCACGUGAUCAACAUCGUUUCUGUCUCAUUACCAUUCUAUCAACAUGACCACCACCGAAGAGCCAAAGCAGACCUACCGCGGCAACUGCCACUGCAAAGCCUUCGUCUACGAGGUCCAGCUCCCAGAGAUCAAGUCCGCCAACGCCUGCAACUGCAGCCUCUGCACCAGGAAGGGGACCCUCUGGGUGAUUCCCCAACGCGACGACCUGCGCUUCGUCAAGGGCGCCGAGGACGAUCUCUCGACGUACAACUUUGGUCCGGGCCAGAUUACGCACAAGUUCUGCGGAAACUGUGCUACGCCCAUCCUGGCGGAUUCCCCCAACGGAAUAGUCCUAAACGUGCGCUCGAUCCAAGAUCUCGAUAUUUUCGGGAUGGAGAAGAAGACUUGGGACGGCGCGUCUUCCGGCGCCAAAUACGAGCCUCACACCCACAAGGGCCCCAGGCCGACGGCCGAGGUCGAAGGGGGCAAGCUCUACACCGGCAGCUGCCACUGCGGCGCUCUGACGGUCGCCGUCGUCAGCAAGCCCAUUGACGAGACGUACGAAGCCGAAAUCAUCGAGUGCAACUGCAGCAUCUGCGAAAGGAAUGGAUACGUCUGGUUGUACCCCAACACCGACCAAGUCGUGCUGACGGGAGACGACGCCAAGAUUGGCCGCUACAUUUUCGGGCACCACAUCCUCGCAAAGACGUUUUGCAAGACGUGCGGCGUCCCCGUCACCAAUGCGAUCAACCCUCUGAGCGAGGAGGAGCAGAGUAAUCUGGUGGAGCGAGCGCAGUACUGGUACGAGAGGUCGAAGACGAGACAUCCCGUCAACGCGCGGGUCCUCGACGGAGUGGAACUGAAGAGUCUGAAGGUUCUCCAGAUCGAUGGCAAGACUGAGCAUCAGCCUGGAUACGUGAACCCCUGAGGCGGGACUGUAGCGGCUUUCACCGGUGAAUUAGGCGAGGCGUUGAGGAC